CUGUUUACCAGUGGCGUAUGUAGGACAAACGGUGCCCGGGGCAAGUGCUAAAAUCGCGCCCCUUUCAAAGUGUAAUACAUAAAUAUACAUAUAAAUAGCAAUGCGGGUGCAAAUAUUUUUUCAAUAGACGUUAAGACGGAAUAGUCAUUGUUGGUUUUUUGUUAUCGUAAAUGUGAUUCGUAUCUAAUUUAACAAUGAAUGCGAACGCGAAGUGCGAACUGAAAAGUAUUGAUCUUCUGACUUGAAAAGGGAACAUUUAUCAUAGAUAAAAAAUUAUGACAGGGAAUCAUGGAUCUCAUUAAAUAACUUAUCGACCUAAUACGAGGGCAAAGCGUGAGUCUGUUUUUUAAAUUCAUUUGUAAGAUCUUAAGACUGAAUAUUCUAAACAAUUAAUGCGAACGCGAAGCUCGAGCCGCAAAUUAUUGAUAUUUAGACCUGAAAUCGGGACAUUUUAGGGAGAAAUAAUCCUACGAUGCGGGUCUAACUAAGCAAUUAAUGCAGGCACGAGCGAUGAGCUGAAAUUGUUGAUAUACUUACCUGAAAGGGGACAAUUGUAAGGGGUAUUCUUAUGAAUUCAUGAACUUCCCAUACGUAUCUCAUCGGUGAAAUGCAUGCGCGAAGCGCGGGAUGAUUUGGUUAAUAUAUCUUCUCCUAAAAAGAGACGAUUGUUUGUAAAAAUUAAUGAAGAGGGUGUAGAUCUAACUAUCUACCUUAUUAAAUCAGGGCGUGAUUACAAGUCUUUGUUAAUUAAACAAGAAAACAAAAGAUGUAUUUCAGAACUGUUUGUAACAAUAAAUGAACAUUAACAUAUCAAAAUGCUUACAAGCAGCUAGAGAUAAAACUAAUAUAUGAUAUGCGUUUGAAAAAGAAAUAUUUUAAGGACUGUGUGUUGGAAUUCUUGGAAAGAAUAAGCAUAUCACUGAUAAAAAAUUGGCACGAAUACAGUGUAUCCAACCUUGGGUAAAAACAUGCAAGAUUUUUCUACAUAGGUUCGAAACUGCAUUACCAUGGUAAAAGCAUAGGACGGGGGUAUUAAUCACCUUCAGUUGUCUUCCUUUUCUGCGACUUCAUUCCUUAAGUUUGACUUUUAGGUAUACACAAAAGUUGACAAUUUUUGUUCAUUUUUUCAUUUUCUUUAUUCGCGCCCCCUUUCCCUUAUUGCGCCCCCUAAAAGUGGCGCCCGGUGCACGUGCCCCCUCGCCCCUCCCUUGAUACACUACUGCUGUUUACUCAAUCUCGCAAUUCUUCAUACGACUCAUUUUGACAUUUACGUUUGUUAGAAAGAGGCCCGGAAAGAGGUAGGGUAUGUAAAUAAAUCAAAGUCGUCAACUGGAACCGUCAACAUUGUAACCGUAUACUAAUACACCUAUGAUUUUGAUCUCGUUUAAGAACUUACUGCAACUAAUGUUAGAUUCAUUUCUAGUGAACAGUCAAGAAGUUGCUUGAUCAACAUCACUGAAAAUGACAGAUUUUGAAAGUAAACCUGUUCGCCUCUUCUUGUGGGUUGUCCCAAGAACCAUAUCGACGGCUUUGUGUAAAUGUCUGAGCGCCAUUGAUGGUAUGGAAGUUUGGUUUGAAUGUUUUGUCCCCUGCAAUAUUGCUAGAAAGGAGUAUCUGCUUACUACUGGGGAAGAGAUUCCUAUGGACUAUGAAGGAAACGAAGAAAGGGCUCAGGAAGCAGCAACUAAGUUAGAGCGUCUAGCGGGCAGCAAAGUUGAUCCAGAAAGGAUAAUGUACGGUCACGUGAAACGGAAAAUGGAAUCGUCAACGAGCAAGUACAUCUUAGCCAAAGAAGGUGCCUUCAUUUUUCCUGAUGAUAAAUCCCGCCAAUACUUGCCAAAGGGGUUCAAGCACGUCUUCCUUAUCCGGGAUCCCUACAGAAUCUUUGACUCCUAUAGGAAGGCGAUUGUUUGCCAGACAAUGAAAUUCGGUUUGUGGACAGCGGACCCGGAGAGCUUUAACCUCGAGAAAAACGACCCCUUCUUAAAGCCUCCUGAGUUUUUCAGCAGCGCGUUUGAAAUCUGGAAGUACAUCCGAGACAACGUGGAUCCCAACCCAAUCGUCCUCAACACCGAUGAUCUGUUGGCCGACCCCGCUGGGGUGCUGAAGAAGUUCUGUCAUCUGACCGGUCUUCCGUACAGCGAUUCACUUCUCCAAUGGGAUGCCUCUGCGGAUGUCACCAAGACCUGGAAAGUGACGGUCGACAAAUCAUUGGAGGACUUUGGAGCAUUUUAUGACACGGCGAAAUAUUCAGAUGGGUUUAUGCCACCUAGACCAGCCACACCUGUGCACAGUUUGGAGUCUGAUGUCAAGAAGCUUGCGAACGCUUCAAUGCCAUACUUCAAGGAAAUGAACAAGUAUAAAAUAUAAUAUAUCCACUCGCGUAAAUCCAAGCGGUGAAGCUAUCGUUCAGGAGGUGGUGGUUGUCUACUUGUUUCACCCGCACUUGAAUAUGACGUCAUGGAUUUACGCCAAUGAAUGAAGCUACCCAACAAUUUUGUUUUUCGGUUCAUUUUCAUUGUUAUUAACCAUGUAUAUCAUUUCUUCUCUUCAGAUAUAAUUUACCUUUACAUGUGUUACUACUUUAUUGCAAAAAAAUCAAACAAACAAACAGGAACAAAAAGAGAAUUUUAUAGGGAAAUGACUUUAAGAAAUUAAUUUGUAUAUUAUUACAUGUUGUUGUCGAAGAAAGACUGGAACUCUCCACUGAGCAGUUGAGUGGCGCAUGCUUAAUGAUUUUGUAGCAUAAUGAGUUGUACCUUAAAGUUAUAUGUUAUAAUUUGAUCGUUUUGUGAUUCUUUGCCAUUUUAUGGAUAAGUACGUCAGUUCGCUGGGAGCUGCGAUGGCGUGUGGUUGUAAGAUAUAAGCUCUGAAUAAAUCAAGUUGAUUUGUAUACCG